UCUUCGCGGCCAAGUGUGGCCAGCUCGGUCACCCACCACAAAAAUUCCCCGCCGUGCUCUCUCACUCCCUUUUUCUUUCUUUUCUUUGACAACACAAGAGCAGCUUCUCGUGCUCGUCUCUGAUCUCUCGCCGGUCGGCACCCAACUGGAGGUUCAGUUUCCUCGUUGCUCUCCUCCAUUGAUUGACCGCCUCCUUCCCUGAGGCGCACGGUACACGGACGGCACCCAUGGCCAUGGCAUCGCCGUCGUGGUCAUCCUGCUGCACCUCAACCUCCACCCAUUCUCUGCCCGGUCCUCCCGCGAGCAGCAAGGGCAGGAACCCGUGGCGGGCAAGCAGCGGCAGGAGGAGCGCCAGCGGAGGGAAGAGGCAGCAGAAGCUGUCCAUCCGCGCGGUGGCCGCACCGUCGGCCGCGGUGGACUACUCGGACACCGGCGCCGGCGCCGGCGACAUCCCCUCGCUGAAAAUCAAGCUGCUGAGCGCCGUCGCCGGGCUGAACCGGGGCCUCGCUGCGAGCCAGGAGGACCUGGACCGGGCGGACGCGGCGGCGCGGCAGCUCGAGGCGGCGGCGCCGGCCCCCGUGGACCUCGCCAAGGAUCUCGACAAGCUGCAGGGGCGGUGGAGGCUGGUCUACAGCAGCGCCUUCUCGUCGCGGACGCUCGGCGGCAGCCGCCCCGGCCCGCCCACCGGUCGCCUCCUCCCCAUCACCCUCGGCCAGGUGUUCCAGAGGAUCGACGUGGUGAGCCAGGACUUCGACAACAUCGUGGAGCUCGAGCUCGGCGCCCCGUGGCCGCUGCCGCCGGUGGAGGCCACGGCCACGCUGGCACACAAGUUUGAGAUCACCGGAAUCGCGAGUAUCAAGAUCAAUUUCGACAAGACGACGGUGAAGACGAACGGGAACCUGUCCCAGCUGCCGCUGCUGGAGGUGCCCCGCAUCCCGGAUAGCCUCAGGCCGCCGACUUCCAACACCGGGAGCGGCGAGUUCGACGUGACCUAUCUCGACGACGACACCCGCAUCACCCGAGGGGACAGGGGGGAGCUCAGGGUGUUCGUCGUCGCAUGAGCUUUUUUUUGCUGCGAUCUCUCUCUUUGUAGUGCUCCAACUUUUUUUUGGCCCGUAAAACAAGAGUCUUGUACUAGUUCUAUAUAUGCCUUUUGUUUUGGGGUUCACCCGUCCAUCCGCGGGAAACAUCUAUCGUGACGACUGUUCGAUGUAUAAGCGGAGUCGUCCGAUUUACGCGGUUC